UCUCACUCUUCAUUUGUCUACGUGAAGUUGAAAUAUAAAACUCAAAAAGAAAAAAAAUCAAGAUGAAGCGAGCUCGUCGUCCGAAUGCAGCUAACAACAAAUCUUUUGUUUCCGGCGGAAUUUACAAUCCCAGUGCCAGCGUCAAGCCCUUGAUCCAACCGCCAUUGCAGGGCAAUAAUAAUGUCCAGGAGCAUCAGGCUCCUUCGCUGGCUGCUCCUCCUCCGCCACCGGCUCCUGUCCCAGUUCCCACUGCCGUGGCAUCCUCGCCUGUCCAGUCCAAGAAGCCGGAUGCAGCCGCCAUGGCAGCCAAGCUGCCCAUGCCCAUUAUCGUCAAGGAGGAGCCGACGGAGAUGGCCAACGAGGAACCGGAGGCCAGAGAGGAGUUUUCCAUCGACAUCAGCGAUGAGAAUGGCAGUGGCCACGGCAUCGGCGGAAAGAUACCCUUUAAGAAGAUCUUCCAGAAGCGCAAGAAGUCGUCUGAACGCACUCGGGACAAGAAGCUGCGCCAGAACCGCCAGCUGCGCAAAUCCAUGCUGCCGAAGAACGCCCUGAUGGCCCUCAACGAGGUGAAGGGCGUGACCAUCAGCGACUUCACCAUCGACAGCAAUCCCGACGGCGGAUUCACGGCCGUUGUCACAGUGAACUCAAAUCAGUACGAGGGCAAGGGUCUCUCCAAGAUGUCGGCCAAGAAUGCGGCCUGCGAGAAGGCUUGGCGCGACUUUAUCAUCGCAAAAAUGACACCCAAGCCAUCCAGGCUGCAGCCAAGUAACGCUGAAAACGCUGCGGAGGCCAUGGAUACCAAUGAGGAUGAGACAGACGCACCGGAGGAUGAUCUGCCAAUGCUAAAUCUGGCCUCGUUUGCCAUCUACAAACUGUUUGCCGAGUGGGAGCGCGAGGGGUAUGUUGUGCCCGAGAUGCAUCCGUCGGCAAAUGCUGUUCAACCGGCUGGUGGCGAAGCAGCACAGCCAGUUCCCGCGGUGCCCAAGGAGCCCAAGAAGCCGCCGGUGCGCACCGAGUUGCCUUCCGGUUGGGAGACCAUGCAUCCAGCCACCAUACUUUGCAUUAUGCGUCCGGGACUCAAUUACAUUGACUAUGGAACCUCGGGCGAAAAGCCCAAUGUGAUGCAAGAUUUGGGAAUCGUGGUGGACAACCAGGAGUUUUCCGCCAGCGGCAGAUCGAAGAAGAUCGCACGACGCAACGUUGCCGUGGAAGUGUGCAACACUCUGUUCGGAACGAACUUUGCGUUUGGCGACACUUCAUCUUAAGGCAUUUAUUUCAAAACGCACCUACGCUUAACGGCCUUAUUCUUUCACAACGGCUUUUAAUGUCAAAUGCGCAACGCCUUUUAACCAAACUGGUUAAAAGAACGGGUUCC